AUGAGGGCCUUGACGCCAUCGAGUGGCCAUCGAGUGCCCACACGUGUACCGAGGAAGAGUUUCUACGUUUUACACACACGUCGUACAGAUGUAACACGUGUCUCUUCUGCCCAGGAAGAAAGGCGGUCGGUGUCCCUCCUCGAUCCCCGUCGCACGGAGCGCUGGCUUGACUCUCACCCGCGUGGCCCGUCGCACAUGGAAGACGUUCUCUUCUGCGCCUCAUGCGGCGCCUUCCGCGAGCCGCGCAGCACGGAUGGCAAAAACUUCGACUGUCCUCUCUGCAAAGCGAAAGGUGCGUCCCUGCCCCGCUCCCCCCUCCCGCGCAUUGCCACGAGCAAAGAGAGACGCAAAGACUGACGCGAUGAAACACCUCGCUGCCCGCAUCCGCCGACCCGUCGCGCGUGUCCAGUUCCGAUCGAGGAGGUGUCAAGGAAGAUCGAGGGCUCCUCCCUCGACAUCCCGAUUGAGCGCUCGGAAAUCCUGCUGCGCCUUUCUGGUCGCGAUGAGUCUGGGAGGGGGGAGGAGGCCGUCAUUGACGAGGAGUGUCCCAAGUGUAAGUAUGGCAGGCUUUCCUACCAUACGGCACAGCUUCGGGGUGUGGAUGAGGGACAGACUAUUUUUUAUACCUGCUUGAACGAGCAGUGCAAGAAUAAGUUCACAGUUAAUAGUUAACUUUUAUUCCAAAGGGGGUUGGGUUGGCAACGCGACAGGGGAGGCUGUUGUUAUUUGUAUGCGACUUCACUAGCACGGUGGGAUUGGAGUGCGAGUCUAUAUACAUGCCCCGCUGCCCCGCACGUCAGAGUACUCCGUUCUAUACGACACACAUCAUAUCGCGCUUCCUGCUAAAACGUGAGUUGAUAUAAUCAGGCGGUGCCAGACUGCAGCAGCGGUUCCCGCUUGGUACAAGUCAUCCGUAAAACCACAUCUCGUGCGCUUGCAAGCGCGUUUGUGGUCUUUUCCUAAUCGUGAGGUUGGAUCACAUUCCGUCAUUUGCGCCAAU